AUGCAGCACACCACGUGCACAGAGGACAGGAUCUACCACGCACUGGAAAGAUGUCUACACGGGCUUAGCAGAGAUGCUGUCUCCAGCAGAUGGGCUGCCGGGCUGUGCCUGAACUGCUGGAGCCUGCAGGAGCUGGUGAGCCGAGACGCCGGCAACUACCUCAUCCUCGUGGAGAAAAUCCUGCACUGGAGCUUGGAGGUGCAGGAGAAGUGCGACUACGAUCUCGUAACGCCCCUGGCUCUGCUCUUCUACUAUGCGGUCCUGUAUGCUCCUCACUUCCCACCAGGCUCUGACCUGCUCCUGAGGGCCGCCAGCGUAUACCACAGCUUCCUGACCUGGCCCGUGCCCUACUGCAACAUAUUCCGCGAGCUGCUCACCUUCAUCAGCGACGAGCUCAAGGCCCCUGGGAUCUCAUUCCAGAGGCUGGUGAGGACAGAGCAGGGGCUGCCCGUGAAGAACUACCAGAGCUCCACUGUGACGGUGCUGCUGCUCAACCGCUCCGAGGUGCAGAGCGAGUUCCUCUCCAUCGCCGAGAAGCUGAGCACCAGCGAGCACCCGCAGCGCACCACGCUCGUCCUGCUCCUCGAGCACCUCUACCAGGCCAGCUUCGGCACCCGCUGCGACCUGGAGAGCCUGCACCACCUCCUGAAGUCCAAGACACUGGAAGAGCUCUCGGAGAUCUAUGCCAGCGCCGCCGACGCACAGGAGAUCGCAGCUGCCAGCAGCGACCCUGUCCCAGCCCGGGAGCGGCUGCAGUCUGUGCUGCGGGACAUCGCCGGAGCCGCGUCCUUUCCUGCCAUCGCGGGCGAGGAUCAACCCCGCAAGCUCCACACCAUUCCCAUCCCCACCGCCCGCUGCUACACUUACAGCUGGGAUCAGGAUAACUUUGAUAUCCUCAAUGAUGUCCUCAGCAAAGAGUGCAGCAUUGUUGAGCCCAUGGCCUCGGAGAACGAAGAAGAGGAUGAAGAGGAGGAGGAGGAGGAGGUGGAAACUGAUGGCUGUUCCCCUGACCGGGACUCGCUGCUUUCCCCCAUCUGCACCAUUUCCAAAGACUCUGUGUACUCGGCACUGUCAGAGGAAGGAUCUAAGCCCUCACGAGUGUCUCUCUUCACCGCCUCCAAGGACUCUAUCUCAGAGCUGACGGUGGUCUCCAGAAAGUCCCUGAAGUCGUUCGUCUCCAGCCUGAAGGACUGCAUGGACAGUGGGUAUGCGGAGGACAGCGACGAGAGCUCCCUGGACAUGGUGGGGAGGCCGGAGCUGAAGGUGGAGAAGACCCACCACAAAUACAGACACACGCUGACCAACAAGAUCUACAAACUGUUCAAGAGCAAAAGCCAGCUGGUCUUGAGGAGGGACCUGAAGGACUACCCAUACACGGGCUCACUCUCGCUGCCGCUGCGCCGGGGCGAGAGCCCGCUCAAGGAGAGCACCUGCCCCUCACUGACAAGGUACUUCAAGCUGCAGUUUUUCUACGUCCCUGUGAAGAGGAGCUGCUUGGCUCCAUCGACCCCACUGAUGCAUCACUCUCCGUCCCCAGGGGACCCUCAGCUCCGGGCCUCGGCACAGGCAGAUCCCACCUUGACUAGGAUGGAGAGCAGCACCAACGACAUAUCCCACUACAUCGGCAUGUUGGACCCAUGGUACGAGCGCAACGUUCUUGGGCUGAUGAACCUGCCCAUGGACGUUCUGUGUCAGUCUGCCAAGCCGGAAGCUGAGCCCCAGGAGGACUCCCCGGAGCAACUGCCCAUCCUAGCAGACAUGAUCCUCUACUACUGCCGCUUUGCCACGCGCCCCGUCCUGCUGCAGCUCUACCAGGCGGAGCUCACCUUCACUGGGGGAGAAAAGAUGACCGAAGUCUUCAUCCACUCCCUCGAGCUGGGUCACUCUGCGGCCACGCGGGCCAUCAAGGCGUCAGGUCCGGGCAGCAAAAGGCUGGGCAUAGAUGGAGACAGAGAAGCCAUCCCACUAACACUACAGAUCGCCUACAGCAAGACAGCCAUCAGCGGAAGAAGUCACUGGAACGAUGUUGAGAAGGUCUGCACAUCUGUCAACCUUAGCAAAGCCUGCAAGAAGUAUGAAGAACUAGCCUCAAAGACAGAGUGUCUCAACUUGACGAUGACGGAGGUGGUCAAAAGGCAAAAUUCCAAAUCCAAAAAAAGUUUCAAUCAGAUCAGUGUGUCCCAGAUAAAAGUAGACAAGGUCCAGAUUAUCGGUCUCCAGUCCUCCUUCGCCGUGUGCCUGGACCAGGAUGAGCAGAAGAUCCUGCAGAGUGUAACCAGGUGUGAGAUCUCUGUGUGCUACAAACCCAGGGACAGCGAUCUCUUUGCACUGAGAAGGUCCUCUUUGCCUGCCCAGGACCCCUCUGAGUUUCAUUCUCUCCUGUGUUUACCCAUUGCCACCUUCAGUGGAGCACUGCCAUAG